AUAUUGGUAAUAGUGAGAACUCUUCGGGGCGAAGUUUCCGUCUUUUAUCGGGGUUUUACGCAAUAGGCGACAGUCGUUCUCUUGUGGUUAAAUUCACCGAGUUAUCAGUGAAAUAUACCGUAAAAUGUUGCGUUUCAUGGGAGGACGUAUGCAUUCCAUCGUGAGGAAUUCGAUAGUGCCGCGAAGCACAACUGUCCUAGUUCAGAAUGUCCGUGCUUCGCACGGCGAGAACGAAGAGCCCGAGGAGGAGUUCAAUAACAGAUACGUAACGUAUUUGAGUCGCUCGGACCUCGAUCACUGGGACGUUCGUCAAGUUAUGAAUAGAUUGGCCGGUGUGGAUUGUGUACCUGAUCCAUCAAUCGUUUGUGCAGCAUUAAGGGCCUGCAGAAAACUAAAUGAUUAUGCUCUUGCUGUCAGAUUUUUAGAAGUUGUAAAAGACAAAUGUGGACCUAAAGUUAAAGAAAUAUAUCCCUAUAUUUUGCAAGAAAUCAAACCUACCUUAGAUGAAUUAGGUGUCAAUACACCAGAAGAGCUUGGUUAUGAUAAGCCUGAAUUAGCACUCCAAUCGGUGUAUGAUAUGUAAUAAUUAGAUUAUAGACUUAAAAUAUAAAUCUAGUAUUUGUGUAUAGAAAUGCCUUUCACUGGAUUAUGACAAACAAAAGAUGGAGUAAUCUUUGACACAGAAAGAGAAAGGGUACUUCUGUACAUACCUGUUACCAAAUUUUGAUUUCAAUAAAUCGAUCAUCCUAUUGAA